CAUGUAAAUGCAUAAGAGAAAACAUUUACAAAGUGAAAGCAUGUAGUUUUGAACAGGUUGUAAUGGUCUGGGUGUACAUUUCUUUAAGACCCAUGUUUGGGGUUUCCCUGAGCCUUGCAUUCGUGGGGAGACUGAAGGUUACAAGGUGAGUAACAACAGCAGCACUGUGGAGGUAUUGUAUGAUGAUGAUGAUGAUGAUGAUAAGAAUAACUACAUGGAGAUGUGACACCAGGUUUAGCAGUGUCCUGAGGAAGCCAACACCAAGACACAGCAGACAAGGACACAAGGGGUACAGGUGAGUGUGCAUGUAAGUGAUACAGGUGAGUGUUUGAGCGCAGGUUACUUGAAUAGGAGAUUGUGGAAGAUCAGAGGAGUAUCACAGGAGAUCGCUGGAGCACAGGGAAGUAUCAAAGUAGAUCUCUGGAGCACAGGGAGGUAUCAAAGUAGAUUGCUGGAGCACAGGGAAGUAUCAAAGGAGAUCGCUGGAGCACAGGGAGGUAUCAAAGUAGAUCGCUGGAGCACAGGGAGGUAUCAAAGGAGAUCGCUGGAGCACAGGGAAGUAUCAAAGGAGAUCGCUGGAGCACAGGGAGGUAUCAAAGUAGAUCGCUGGAGCACAGGUAGGUAUCAAAGUAGAUCGCUGGAGCACAGGGAGGUAUCAAAGUAGAUCGCUGGAGCACAGGGAGGUAUCAAAGUAGAUCGCUGGAGCACAGGGAGGUAUCAAAGUAGAUCGCUGGAGCACAGGGAGGUAUCAAAGGUGAUCGCUAGAGCACAGGGAAGUAUCAAAGUAGAUCGCUGGAGCACAGGGAGGUAUCAAAGUAGAUUGCUGGAGCACAGGGAGGUAUCAAAGUAGAUUGCUGGAGCACAGGGAGGUAUCAAAGUAGAUCGCUGGAGCACAGGGAAGUAUCAAAGAAGAUCACUGGAGCACUAGGGAAGUAAAGUACAUCACUGGAGCACAGGGAAGUAUGUAACAAGUAUUUAACAAGUAUGUUUUCUAUAUGUAACAAAAACUGUAGUAUUACUUCUAAAAAAAAAAUGCAGUAAUCUUUUGUAAGGGCUAUUUUUGACAGCUUGCAGCCCCAGUUUUCAUUUACUUUCAUUGUAUGGAAAAGAGCAGUUUUGACAUUCUGCCUAACAUUUACUUGCUUCUACAAUUAAUAAAGAAAGUCGGGUUUGGAAUUACAUUAAAAUAAGUACUAAUUAAAAUUUUUGGAUGUUAUUCUUGGAUAAUACGACCCUGCUUGGGGACCUUUAUUUUGAAGGCGAGUCACCCACUCGCAGUGUUUGGCUUCACGCUCUGCGCUGACGUGUGAGAUGCCUGGAGAAUAAAAACAUUGCCGGUUGCUCACAGGACCUUAUUUCAGCCCUAAGAGGUCUUCAUAGGACCAUGGGGGGAAAUACAGGUGUGUUUGGAGCAGCUGAGUUCAUAUCAGACCUCUGUCACACAAAUGUAGACAGACCAUUUCCUGUGUGGCAGAAUGGCACCAUCAGUCCCUGUGUCAACCAGCUUUUGUUGGGAUCACUGUCACAUGCUGUUAUUGCCAUCAUCAGUGCCUGUUACAUUAGUGUGCCCAGACUUACCCAUAUUGUAUCCUCCCUUCCCAUUGGCUGGGGCUUCAGGACCGCAUCAACCAUGCUGUUGGCUCUCUUGUUUAUUGGAGACUUGGUCCUGGUUUUUAAGCUCCAGGCCUCAGACAUUUAUCUGGAUGUCUUAGCCGAUGGAUGUGGCAUACUGGCCUGGAUGGUUCAUUUUGGGGCCGUUUUGGCCUUACAAAGGACAGUGUACAGAAGGACUCGAGGUCCUGCUGUGCUUCCUGUGCUGCUUAUUCUCUCCAUCCCUAAUCUAGCUUUUAUCCUCACUGCCUACAUCCAAGAAAUCAAUCGUCUUGGACCCUCAGAGCCUCUGCAGGUUGUCCGUCUUGCUCUAACAGUAACCAGGGCUGCUCUGGUUCUGGUCUACUUGCUUGGUUAUAUCUUUCCCUGUUACAGAACUCAAAGGGACCUUCUGUCUUGUAAUGCAGAAGAUGUAGCUCCUUUGAUUGUCUCCUUUGAACCUGAUGAAGGGGUGACUGUAGCUGAGGAUGGCUGCAGCUGGCUGUCCAGGCUCCUCUACCUGUGGCUGAACCCUUUGCUGAAGCGAGGUAAACGUGGAGAGCUGGAGAGGCCAUGUGACGUCUUUCAGCUGCCACACCGACUACGUACCAAAGCAGUCAAUCUCCGGUUCUACCAGUGUUGGCAGAAAUGUCUCCAUUCAAGAGGUCAGGAAAAACCUGAGAGACUGGAUAGACUUCCAAGAGGAAACCUGCAGGACAACUGUUGGAGUGAGGCUGAGCCAGAGAGGAUAUGUGAAGGUGGAACACAACACGAUGUCAAACUUCUGCAAGUGUUGCACAAGGCCUUUGGUCUACGCUACUACCUGCUGGGUGUGUUGAAGUUAGUAGCUAGUAUGCUAGCUUUUGCAGGACCCCUGCUUCUCGGUGAAUUGGUGGGUUUCAUGGAGACAGAGGGGGCACCACUGAGCAAGGGUGUGUGGUGUGCCGUGGGGCUGUUUGCUAGUACCUUUCUUGCUGCCCUGCUGAGAAACGUCUUUGUUUAUGAAGUAUCAAAGGUUGCAUUAGAGGCUCGGGCUGCUGUGAUUUCCACCAUAUACAGCAAAGCUCUAAAAGUCAGUGCGUCUGCUCUGGCUCCCUUCAACAUGGGUGAGGUUGUCAACUUCAUGAGCACAGACACGGACCGUGUGGUGAAUUUCUUCAACAGCUUUCAUGAGGUUUGGAGUCUUCCCUUCCAGUUUGUCCUUGCACUUUACCUGCUUUACCUACAGGUUGGCGUGGCCUUCUUGGGCGGAGUGGGCGUGGCUGUGCUGCUCGUGCCUUUGAAUAAAGUCUUGGCCUCCCGAAUUCUGGAAAACAAUAAACAUAUGCUGCUACACAAGGAUGGGAGAGUGAAGCUAAUGACAGAAAUACUCUUUGGAAUUCGGGUCCUGAAGUACUAUAAUUGGGAGGAGCACUUCACUCAAAAGAUUGCGGAGGCCCGUAAAAAAGAGCUACAUCACCUGAAAGUUCUGAAGUACCUGGAUGCUGUAUGUGUGUACACCUGGGCUGCUCUGCCCGUGGUCAUCUCUAUCCUCACCUUCAUCACAUACGUCAUGCUGGGAAACAAUCUCACUGCUGCAAAGGUGUUUAGUACUCUGGCUCUUGUGGGAAUGCUCAUUCUUCCUCUCAAUGCCUUUCCCUGGGUGCUGAAUGGAACCCUGGAAGCUAAAGUGUCGUUAGACCGCAUUCAGCGCUUCCUCACGCUACAGGAUCAGGACCUCACUGUCUAUUACACUCAAGUGUGUCCUGAGGACCCUCUGUCAGCUGUUCAGAUGGACCAGGCGAGUUUCUCCUGGAAGCAGUCAGAGGAUCCAGAUUCUGUCAGUGUACCUGAUGACAAGACAGAGGAUGGAUCACCACCACGCAGCUUUUAUCUGCAUGCACUCAAUCUCAGUGUUGAAAAGGGCUCUCUGGUGGCUGUGGUGGGAAAAGUUGGUUGUGGGAAAAGUUCCCUGUUGGCCGCCAUAACAGGAGAACUUACCAGGUGUGGAGGGGAAGUAUCUGUUCAGAGAAGAGAGCAGGGAUUUGGAUUGGCCGUCCAGGAGCCGUGGAUCCAGCAUGCAACUGUGCAAGACAACAUUCUUUUUGGCAGGGACUUUGACAGCAUGUUCUAUCAAGCUGUGAUUGAGGCCUGUGCUCUUGCUGAUGACCUAAAUAUCUUGCCUGGUGGUGAUCAGACAGAGGUGGGAGAGAACGGUGUGACUCUGAGCGGAGGACAGAAAAGCCGCCUCGCUUUGGCCCGGGCUGUUUAUAUGGAUAAAGAAAUCUAUUUGCUAGAUGAUCCUUUAGCAGCCGUGGAUGCUGAUGUUGCCCACCAUCUCAUGGAGAAGUGCAUCUUGGGAAUUCUCAAAAACAAGACAAGAAUUCUUUGUACUCAUCGGAUAGAGUUUGUGGAUAAGGCAGAUGUGGUGGUGCUGAUGGACAAUGGGAUGAUUGUAAAAACAGGGACACCAAAUGAAGUCCUUUCUCUGGUAAAAGCCCCUAAAGACAGCAAGAACGACAGCAAUGCUAAGGAGAAAGAUGCUAUAGGCAGAGAGGAAGAGGAGGCUAAUGAGCCAGAGCUAGAAUCAGAGCUAAAGAUGUUUGGGGAGGAGCAGAAGCAAAUGGGCAAGCUGUCCUGGGCUGUGUACUGCUCCUAUUGGAGAGCAGUGGGUGGAUGCAUGGCUGUAGCUGUUCUGCUCUCCCUUUUGCUAAUGCAAGCCACCAAAAAUGUGUCCGACUGGUGGCUCUCUCACUGGAUUUCGCAUAUGAAGGACAAUACGACUAAGCUGGUGUCACUGUCAGCUGAUCCACUCUUAACUCUGACUUUCCUCUCUUCUGAGAGACUUAUAUUUCAUGCACCUGACAGAGGUUCAGAGGCUUCUGGAAAUAUGAGCUCUGAGCUGAAGUUUUACAUGACUGUGUAUGGAUCUCUGGCGGCAGCGAACACUGUAUUUACAGCUGCCCGUGCGUUUCUCUUUGCCUAUGGAGCAAUCUGUGCUGCUACUGUCGUUCAUAAGAGACUUCUGUCUAGUGUGCUUAAGGCCACUAUGACGUUUUUUGACACUACACCCUUGGGUCGUAUCCUGAAUCGAUUUUCCUCAGAUAUUUAUAGUGUGGAUGACUCUCUCCCCUUUGUCUUAAACAUCCUCCUGGCAAAUGUGUUUGGGCUGCUUGGGAUGCUUGUUGUCAUGACCUAUGGGCUGCCUUGGGUGCUACUUCCUUUGGUUCCUCUGGGGGUUCUCUACUACCAAACUCAAUGUUUUUAUCGUCACUCGUCCCGUGAACUGAAACGCCUGUGUAGCCUCACUCUCUCUCCAGUUUAUUCACACUUCUCAGAAACCCUCAGCGGCCUUUCCACAGUGCGGGCCAGUGGACACACUACCAGAUUUGAGGAGGAGAAUGAGAGGCGUCUAGAACAGAAUCAGCGAUGUCUCUUCAACAGUAAUGCUGCCAUGCAGUGGCUGGACAUUCGGCUCCAGAUGAUUGGUGUUACCGUAGUAACUGGCAUUGGCGUGAUCGCUGUGAUCCAGCAUCAGCUCAAAUCCAUCGAUCCAGGUCUGGUAGGUCUGUCUCUGUCCUAUGCACUAUCCAUCACCAACCUGCUGUCAGGACUGAUUUUCAGCUUUGCGCAGACCGAGAUGCAGUUGGUGACCAUUGAACGUACCGAAGAGUAUUCCACCAACAUCCCGCAGGAGCCUCAACAAGCCAGCAUUGAGGUUCUAGACUCGUGGCCUGAAAAGGGCAGAGUUGAGUUUGUGGGUGCAGUGUUGGUGUACCGGCCAGGUUUGCCCAACGCUCUUGAUGGGGUCAGCUUGGAAGUAUUACCAGGUGAGAGGGUUGGCAUAGUGGGGCGUACAGGCUCAGGGAAAUCCUCGUUGUUCCUUGCCCUAUUCCGUAUGGUGGAACUAAACCAGGGUCAAAUACUGUUGGAUGGAGUUGACAUCAGCUCGGUCAGGCUUAGUAACUUACGAUCAAAGCUGGCCAUCAUCCCUCAGGAUCCCUUCCUCUUCUCUAGCUCAGUGCGAGAGAACCUUGAUCCCCAUGGCCAUCAUCCAGACUUCCGGUUGCUAGAUGUUCUUGAGCAGUGCCACCUGGGAGAUGUAGUACAGAGGAUAGGUGGCCUGGAUUCAGAGGUUGGAGAGAGGGGAAAGUCUCUGUCUGUGGGCCAAAGGCAGCUGCUGUGUCUUGCUCGUGCUCUGCUCACAGAAGCUAAUAUUUUAUGCAUUGAUGAGGCCACAGCAAGUGUCGACCAGAAGACUGACAUGCUUCUACAAAAAACUAUCAGAGAAAAAUUCAAGGAUAAAACAGUUCUUACCAUCGCCCACAGACUGAAUACAAUCAUGGACUCUGACAGAGUACUGGUGAUGCAUGCUGGGAAGGUGGUGGAGUUUGACAGCCCUGCUGCUUUGUGCCAAAGAGAGGACUCUGUUUUUCAGAAACUCUCACGUGGAGGGGAAGAACAAGUUUAAAAUACUGUAUUUUCAGAAAAGAAUGUUGUUGGAGUCUGAUGAAUGGCUAUCGCAUAUGUGCAAAUACCUGCAGUUUAUUAUCAUGUUUUGCCAUGUAGAACAAUGUAAAACUCAGGGAAAAUGGUUUGUUUUAUAAAUGGUCACAUUUGUAAGGAUGAAAAUGUAAGUCUGUCUUAGAAGUAAAUGUUUGGUGUUUUUUUUAAGUUAUUUGUCUGUUUCAGGUUUUUAUAUAUAUAUAUAUAUAUAUAUAUAUAUAUAUAUAUAUAUAUAUAUAAUCUUUAAUUCAUUGGUUUUCAAGAGGAUCUGCUUAAAGUAAUUUUUUCCCUCUUUGAACAGGUAAAAAAAAAAAUAUUUUUUCCAUUCUUGCAAACUUAGGUGUGAGAGUCUCACUGCGUUCUAAUAUUCAGUUCUGUGGUUUGAACACAUUAUCUCUUCUGAGAAUUCACAAUGCAUAAUUGGUUUCAUUAAAGGUGUGAACGUUCGUAAUAAGCCAUCUCCACCCAGAUAACAUGAGUGAGAUUGACUACACCUUGUACAGUUUCCCAACUCAUGAGUCAUAUGGGAGUACAUGUGUGCAUAGUUAAAACUUUAACCCAUUCCUUUUGAUUUCCUCCCGUCAGUCUAGAAUUAGGGAGAGGUUUGUUAUUGUUAUGUCACCCUGCCUCCAAUACAGAACAGUCAGUGAUGCUGAAGCUUUACAAGGUAUGUGUUUGGCCAGAUCUGUGAGCUUGAGGUUAAACCAGUUUUUCCACUCUUGAAGUGUAUUACUUUCUGCAAUGAGAAUUCCAUAAACAGUAGGAAGAGAACAGAGGUAAACACGGUCUCAUCCUGUGGAAACUGUCUUCAGCAUAGCACAUUAUCACUGCUGAUACCGAACAAGGAUUUAAAAGCUCAUGGGAUACAAGGUAAGGCUUUUCUUUGCUGUUAAAGUUUGCAGCGGUAAUUUUGACCUUAUUAUUUUGUGUAAAAAGUCUGUAUAGUACUGAAAGUAAAGUUUGAAUGUGCAUCUGUUUCUGUUAUGAAUGACUGACUAUGCAGCGCUUGCACAUGUUAUGCUGAUUUAAUCAUGUUUUUACUGUAGUUUAUGAAUGGUGAAAUGUAUUCAUAUUACAAAUUGCAUUUAAGUUGUAUAUUAAAAUAAGUAUUGCACAGG